AUGCCAUCCAACAUCCAAGUCUUUGUGAAAUGGAAGGACCAGACUAUAUUUGCAGGAGAGGAUGUGGAAUGUACUGUAACAUUCAAGAACGUGGCCGAUACUGGCGCCGAUGCCAAUAAUGCGGGUGAAGGACAACAUUCACGGAAGGUCUCUCGAGUCGCAAACCACACACCCAAGUCGAACUCGGAAUCUUUCUUCGGAUUCAAAUCGCCCCAGGCUCUAUUUUCCGGACGGCGAUCAUACUCCAUCAGCUCCCAACGGAAGCCUUAUCACCGGACGGCCUCGUCCCUGAGCUCUUCGUUGGUCGGCUCCCAUAGCUUUCCUCCGAACAGCGGCCCCUCUACACCGCGAGAAUGGCAACAAGGCCACAACCAUAAACGAUCCGUCUCAAUCCUCUCCAUUGAUAGCGAAGGCCAGACCGAUCCGACGCCUUCUCCUUACAAUCGACGUCAGCCAGCCAGGGGUCAUGGGCGCUCGGCGAGUCUCCAGGUUCUACCGCGGAGGAACAAUAGCUACGAGGAUUCUUACAAAAAAGAGGCUCCCAACGAGCAUCCCAAUGGCAAUCUGAGAGUCGAUACCUCCCACUUGGGGCGAGCCACCCAACCUGGCUCUCGCGCGACGAGUCCAACAGGUGCCAUAGAGCCAUUGCGUCCACCUUCCCGACGGCCCCAACCACCUCCCCUCGAUUUUAAGUUUCCGCCCGCGGCUUCAGCCGAUUCGACUAACAGUCGCACCGUGCGUACCCCAUCACCAAAGUCGGCGACAACGAACGGUACAUCAUCAACCGGGGGAAGACCCACUCUCAAAGAUGUACAGGGUCUAUCUGGACCGGCGCAUCAGCAACUAACUCGGAUCAUAUCAGUCACAAGCGUGAAUGGGAGCAACCGGAGCAAAUGCGCGAGCUCCCCCGUGCGGCAUGCGCGGCAUCAUUCGAGCGUAGUUGCAUCUCCUGCCAAAGCCUCCAACAGCCAGGCGCUGCUGAUGGGCUAUGCGCAGGUUAACGCAUCAUUCACGGUCGAUGGUUCGUUAGUGAACCAGUCCGCCUUCGACGAAGUCAAGCGAAAGGGAGUUGUUGGUGGCCAACCGAGUUCAGGCGGACUUCCUGGCCGCCCAACGCCAACAGCCGAGCGACCACGUAAGAGCGGUGGGUUCUGGGGCGCACUCAGAUGGAACACUAUCGAGGAAUCUAUCAAUGGCCUUCUUUCAAAUAACGAAUUGGACGGAUUACGAGAAAUGCGUGGUGUUACAUCGUCGAGAUCAAUUCCGCUGUUGUCCACCUCGCAGUCGCUGCUUUUUGUUGACCUCCGACUGGCACCAGGAGAGGAACAGUCAUAUUCCUUCUCUUUCUCCCUUCCGAAAGGACUCCCGGCAAGUCAUAAAGGAAAAGCAAUCAAGAUCUCAUAUAAUUUGGUCAUUGGAACUCAGCGGCCUAGCGGGCCUAACGAACCCCAAAAGGUCAACCGCAUCAACAUACCCUUCCGUGUUUUCAGCGGCGUGAAUGAAAAGGGAGACAUUCUUGGCCAUGACUUGAUGUCACCUUAUGUACUUCUACGGGAUGAAGCGAAGGUCCAAAAGGUUGGGCCAGUGAUGCCUGUGUCAACGAAGAACCAAAGUAUCAGCAAGCCUCACCAUUCCGCGGCUGACUUCCUUAGUUUUGUGGAUGAGAUCUUGGAGCAACGUGCGCGUUCCAACACGCUGUUCCCACCUGGUGCUACGCCCUCGAGACGACCUAGCGUCGAAGGAUUACCCCAGAUGCUUACUUCCAAGGAUGUCAUCGACAUUGCUAUCCUUCGCAGCAACCAGGCUGUGAACUCUCGCCGCAGCCCCAAUCGGUUCGAGAUUGCCCGCGAGGGUAAACGUAUCGCAGUGGUCGUCUUGAACCGACCAGUUCAUCGACUUGGAGAAACCAUUAUCGCCACAAUGGAUUUUGGAGAUGCUACAAUUCCAUGCUACGCUGUGCGUGCCUCGUUAGAGACGUCCGAAAAAGUCACCCCUACUUUGGCCAUCCGGUCAAGUGCCAGCAUUCACCGAACCACACGGCGCAUCCAUGCUUCUCUGUUUGAGAACACACUCCAUGCCACCCGAGUGGCUUUCAGCCCUGCUAUCCCCAUCACAGCGACGCCUUCAAUUUUGACGAGCGGUGUGACCCUCGAUUGGGAACUACGAUUCGAGUUUGUGACAUCCAGUGUUCGAGGCGAUCAAGGGGCCCCACCAUCAGGCACUCGCUUACUCGAGGCCUUGUCGUCGGAUGAUCGCGGUACAGUGCUGUCUGCCAUGGAGCAUCUGAACUGUGAAUCAUUCGAGAUCGCUAUCCCGCUGACAGUCUAUGGAGAGACUGUUCGAGAACGAUUGCCCGAGGAGAAUGAAGGCUACCCAAUCUAG